AUGCCUAAUUAUUUUAGAGCUAGAAGACGUAGGGAACGGGAAGGCACUCUGACUGGCAUAUCUCAUGAGGAAGGCCUUAGCAGCGAUGAUGACGAACCAACAAGCCAACAGCUUGCUGAUCAGGAAGCAGCAACUGAGAUCGACACAGCUCUUCACAUGGUGUUCGUGGAUGCUUUAGAUGAUUAUGCUCGUCUAAGAAAAGUCCUAGAUAGGAUGAUUGAUUGGUUUGCGGUUGAUGGAACAACGUUUCAAGACGCCUAUGUACAGCUGUGUAUUCCAAAGUUGGCAUCACCAUAUGUGCGAAUACAGCUCAUUACGGCAGAUAUAUUGAACCGCGAUGAUUUCCUGCUUUCUUCUAUGCCAUGGUACAUAGACUGCAUGCAAGCGGCUGAAGCCAAUAACGAUGUUGACCCGAAACAUGAAAUCAUCACUGGACUUAUUCCAUCAAUAAUUGAGAAGGUAGUGCUACCCUUCUUAACAGAUAUGGUGACAAUAGAAUGGGAACCUAUGUCGUUGAAGCAAUCGAAAAGAUUAGGAGCUGUUCUUAGUGGGCUUUCUGACUAUCCAAAACUAAACGUUGAGGAUAGCAAAGCUUUUGCGGCCUUAGCAACAGCUGUGAAAACAAAAAUCAGUUCGGCUAUAGAUGACGAUCUGUUUGUACCUAUAUAUUCUAAACAAUCAAUCAAAAAUCCGUCGACUGGUUGCGCAGCUUUUCUUGAUCGUCAGUACUGGGCUGCUAUUAAGGUGAGCUAUCUAUAA